AUGAGUGUGCUUCUCACCCUUGGCCGCCUUUUCCGCCGCGCGGAGGCUUCAAGAUGUGCCGGCUGUCCUUCUAAUCUUCUGCACGGCUGUAUCCGAUCAUCACACCCACCUUCCCGUACAUUUGCUUCGCAUACACAGUCCCCAUUACGUCUGGGGCAAUACCGUCAUCGUUCAUGGCGACAACCUCCUCACUCUCCAAAGCUAGCUUCAGCUGGUGCCAGCGGCUUGGCCGCUGCAGCAUUUGUCGAAUUGUCAGAGAAGGACAACGAAGGACCGCGGGAUACCGGAGAAAAGCGCAUGCUCGAGGUCUCUCGUGAUGAAAUCAAGAAGAAGAUCUCGGACAGCGACACUGGACUAACGCGUAUGCGACACCAGAUUGUGUUGUUCCUCGAUCUAUAUAUAUGGGAGCCAAUUUGCACCGGCUUCCGCUUCCUUCAGCUUGUUACUAUCUUUGUUCCAGUCAUUUUGGCUGUGCCAGCGAUCUGGAUUGGCAACCGACGGGCCGAUCGUGACAAUGAACGGACAGGUACGCUUUGGUGGUACGGAUUUCUGGUGCAGGCUAUGGAAUGGGCAGGCCCAGCCUUCAUCAAGCUUGGGCAAUGGGCUGCUUCCAGGUCUGAUGUCUUCCCCGACGAACUGUGUGCGAUCAUGUCGAAACUCCACGCCGAUGCGCCAGCCCAUUCCUUCCAUGCUACCAAACAAAUUGUUCGAGCUGCUUUCGGUGGCUGCGAAUUUGAGGAGAUUUUUGAAGAGUUCGACGACAAGCCUCUCGGUGUUGGUGCAAUUGCGCAGGUGUACAGGGCCAAGCUAAAGCCUGGCCUUACUGUCCCUGUCGAUGUGGAUGAAGGCGACACUCCUGAAGACCUCCGCCGGCACGUCUACAAGAAUGUAGAAAGCGUUCUCAAGUCAUCGCCAAAACGGGUUCCUUCGUCUUAUGUGGCCGUCAAGGUCCUACAUCCCGGAGUCGAACGAACUGUCCGGCGGGACCUACGCAUCAUGUGGUUUUUCGCCACCAUUUUGAACUCAAUACCCACCAUUGAGUGGCUCUCGCUUCCCGACGAGGUGGACCAGUUUGGGGAGAUGAUGAAGCUACAGUUAGAUUUGCGCAUCGAGGCUGCCAACCUUUCCAGAUUCCGCAAGAAUUUCAAAGAGAGGACGACGGCCUCUUUCCCCUUCCCAUAUGCCGAAUUCUGCACCAGAAAUGUGCUGAUCGAGGAGUUUGCGCAUGGCAUCCCCUUGGCUGAGUUUAUGGCGAAUGGUGGCGGGGUUUUCCAGCAAGCCAUUGCCUCGGAAGGCCUCGACGCUUUCCUGCGGAUGCUGCUGUUGGACAACUUUGUCCACGCUGACUUGCACCCUGGAAACAUCAUGGUGCGCUUCUACGAGACGGAGCGGCCGAGCCUACGUUUGCGCCAGACGCACGAUAGCCAUGAACCUGAAUCUGAAGGGGACGUGACAGAGCAGGUCCUGGCUCGCCUGCGUCCAUUCCGAAACAACAAGGAGCAAUGGGUAGCAGAACUAAGCAAGAUGGACAGAGAGGGUUUCCGGCCGCAGCUGAUAUUUAUCGACACGGGCCUAGUGACGGAGCUCAACGAGACGAACCGACGCAACUUCCUGGACCUGUUCCGCGCCGUUGCUGAAUUCGAUGGCUACAAGGCUGGCCACUUGAUGUGCGAGCGGUGUCAGCAGCCAGAUGCCGUUUUGGACAAGGAGGUGUUUGCGCUGAAGAUGCAACACUUGGUACUUGGUGUCAAGAGCCGUACUUUGGCUCUGGGAAACGUCAAGAUUGGUGAUAUCCUGCAAGAAGUCCUGAACAUGGUGCGGCAGCAUCAUGUCCGCCUAGAGGGAGACUUUGUCAAUGUCGUCAUUAGUAUACUGCUGCUCGAGGGUAUUGGUCGGAGCCUCAACCCCGAUGUUGACCUGCUGAGCAGCUCGCUUCCCAUCUUGAGACAGUUGGGUGCUCAGAGCGGGAAGGAUAUGGUAAAGGAAGGCGACUUCUCCAUGUUGAUGGUAUGGGUGGGCCUGGAAACAAGAAGGUUUAUGCAGGCCAGUAUUGAAGAUGUUGAACGAUGUGUCAAAUAUGACCUCUUGUCACCCAAUGUCUAG